CUUUCUCGUGGAGCGGAGCGCGGUGGGCGGUGCCGGUCCCCCGACUCCAGCCUCCGCGGGGUGGCCUUCGAGCGUCUCGUGCGGAGCCCGGAAAGCGAAGCCGCUCUGGGAAGUUAGUUCGCCGACUGCCCGGCGCCGAGCUUUCAGAUUGAAAGGAAUUUCCCACAUCCUCCGGAAGGAAGCCAGAACCCACGCUCUACCUCAUAGCGGAUGUCCACAGCCACCAAGAAACUGGACUGUGCAGAUCUGAUUGGGUACAGGUUGAUCAGGUAGAGUGAGAGAAAGAAGACACUAUCUCGGAAGAAAAAAGUAAUUUUGACCAUCCUUGGCCCAUGAUUUUGAUGGUUCCUCUCACUUUGCUGCUUAUAGCUGGGCAUGUCCUGUCUGCUUGGGCAGGUCAGAUUCUGAGACACAUCAUGACCAGUUUCGAAGAUGCUGAUACAGAAGAGACAAUGACUUGUCUCCAGAUAACUGUUUACCAUCCUGGCCAGCUGCAAAGUAGAAUAUUCCAAUCAAUAAGGUUUUAUAACCGAGAAAAACUUCCCUCCAGCGAAGUGGUGAAAUUUGGCCGAAAUUCCAACAUCUGUCAUUAUACCUUUCAGGAUAAACAGGUUUCCCGAGUUCAGUUUUCUCUGCAGCUGUUUAAAAAGUUUGAUAGUUCAGUUCUCUCUUUUGAAAUAAAAAAUAUGAGUAAGAAGACCAGUCUGCUUGUGGACAACAAGGAGCUGUGCUACCUAAAUAAAAUAGACCUGCCUUACAAGUGCAUGGUCAGAUUUGGUGAGUAUCAGUUCCUGAUAGAGAAGGAAGAUGGAGAGUCCUUAGAAUUUUUUGAGACUCAAUUUAUUUUGUCUCCAAGAUCACUCUUGCAAGAGAACAACUGGCCACUACAGAAGCCCAUACCUGAGUAUGGCGUUUACUCAUCCUGUUCCACCCAAAACACUUCUCCUACAGAAAUGGAUGAAAAUGAAUUGUGAACACAGAGGGGCUAAGAGGAGAGUCAUGAAGGAUGAAGAAAUCUCUAGACAUUUUAUGGAUACUCCACAGUUUAUUGGCGUAUUACUGUCAUCUGUUGUCAAAUUUGGGAUUUCUUAUUAUCAUUUUGAAGUCUUUAAAUUGUGUUAGUCAUCAAUUUAGUCAUCUGUUGCAUUCCUAGAUGUAUUUAGGAAUUAUUAAGUGUAUUAUUAAGAAUUAAGUGUGUUUAAGUGUACAUCUGUGAGGGUUAAUGUACAAGAAGUACCCGUGGUGAUGAAGGAAUAGUGUUCUCAAUAAGGAUAUAUUAUUUUCUUCUUAUGCUUGCUUUUAGUCCUAUGUUUUGUUUUGUAAGGAACCAUCUCUUGGUUUGGUCAUAUUAUUUCACAAGCAGCCAUUUGUUUUCAAGGUCAAGGUUAUGAGCAGCUUGUUACUGGUGGUGUAACUUGUUGGUACUUACAGUACUAGAGUACUAACAUAAUAUGUUUUGGAAUAGUGCCAAUGCAUCAUUGUGGUUUUAAUAUAGGAAGCCCUAUUUGAGCAAUAAUACCUUUUCUAUGAUUUCCUUUCUGUAGAAUAAUAGUGUUUAUUUCCAAAAAUACAGUUCUCCUUGUGUAUAUUUAGCAUCUAAAACCAGUAUUUUGGACAUUUUAAUGAACCGUUGCUAUGUUUAGAAUUCUUUUUCAGUUUUCUUACCAAAUAUUAAAUUAACUUUUAUGUACCACACAUUUUUAAAUUCCAUGAAUUCGAAAUUUUGACAGCUUCCAUGCAUAUAAUAAAGUCAAAGUUUAAUUCUGUAA